AUGACAAUUGAGAAUCUUGAGAUCACAGAAAAGCCAAAUUGGCUUGAACUUCCUAGAGACAUAGCUAUCAACAUACUGCAGAGACUUAGUACACUUGAAAUAGUAACAAGUGCAAUUGUAGUGUGCCCUCUCUGGUGGAACAUUUGCAAGGACCCUCUCAUAUGGCGUACCAUUGACAUGAUUACCGGUAUCACCACCCACAUCAGAUUAGAAAAGAUUUGUUGUUAUGCUGUUGAUAGAAGUUGUGGUCAUCUCAAAGAUAUUUAUAUUAAGAAAUUUGGUACAAAUGAUCUCCUUAUUCAUAUAGCUAAAAGUGCCAGUCACCUAAGAUCCAUAAGGCUUGAAAAAUGCUACAACAUUUCAACUGUAGCAUUCAAUGAAGUUGUGAAGAAUCUGCAAUUCUUAGAAGAGCUUGACAUUUGUCAUUGUCUUAACCAAAUACCAGAUUUUUAUGAAUUUAUCGGCCAAAGUUGUCCACUAUUGAAAUCACUAAAAUUUAGCCCUACCACUUAUGUGGUAGAAGAUAAGUACGACGAUGUUGCAUUUGCUAUUGCAAAAACUAUGCCUAUGCUACGGCACCUUACAAUUUUGAAUAAUGGACUCACUAACAAUGGAUUGCUAGCUAUUUUAGAUGGAUGUCCCCUUCUUGAAUCUCUUGAUAUUCGAGGAUGUGUUCAUCUCGAUUUGGAUGGAAGUUUGAAAGAAAGAUGUAAGCAGAUUAAAGAAUUAAGAUUUCCAUCCGAUUCUAUUGAUCAUAAGUUUAACUAUGAUGAUCUAGGACUCCACCUUGAGAUGACAAUGCAUGAAUUAGGUCAGUAUAUUUGA